UCUUUUAAGAGAGUAGUAAGAUCUCGCAAGGAGUAGUAGUCCCACCAAACAUGGCUUCUUCAAGUAGAAGGAAGCUGGACGAGAAAAAUCUAAAGAUAUUACGUGAGUUGGGUGCUCUCACUCAUAAUAGGACAUGUUUCGAUUGUCACCAGAGAGGCACGACCUACAUCAACAUGACCGUCGGGUCCUUCGUCUGUACGUCCUGCUCAGGCAUCCUACGAGGCCUGAAUCCCCCACACCGUGUCAAAUCAAUAUCGAUGGCCAGUUUUACACCUGAAGAAAUUGAACAAAUUAAAUCUAAGGGCAAUCAGUAUUGCCAAGCUGUAUGGUUAGGGCUGUACGAUUCCAAGGCCAACCCAUUUCCCGAUACCAAAGACGAGCAUAAGAUCAGAGAUUUUAUGAUCUCUAAAUAUGAAAAGAAAAGGUUUUAUAUAGAUCCUAUAGUAGCUCUGAAGAACAUGCCCCCACAGACUUCGAGUACGAAUUCUUCUAAUGCGUCAACCCCCAGUGGUGAAACAAGUAAAACAACUCCCACAAUUACUUCGUCUGUUUCUAGGCCAAACGUUUCAGCAUCACAGUGUGCACGUGAUCGGUGGAAGGAAAGAAAGCCUGUCUUGCCUCCUUUGAAAAUUGUCUCACCUGACACUGCAAUGUCCACUAUAAGAAACAAAUCUACCGGAUCUGUUGGUGGUCCACCAACAAGUACCAGUAGUGGUUCGAAAAACUCUACGCCAAAGUCAUCGGCAUCGUUAGAUUUGCUAGCUGAUCUUGGGAACCAGUCUGCUUCCUCAGUCAAUUCAAAUGAUCCAUUUGCCUCGCCAACCAAUACCCAAGCUCCCAGCUCGAUUUCCCAACCAUCCUUUGCAAACUUUGAAAAUGCAAAUAUUUUUACAAAUACUGCCAAAAAUCAGCCUCCUCAAAUACAAACGUCCUCCUCUCAGACAUCCCUGAAUCAGCCUUCUCCUCCUCCCCCUCCUAUCAUCCCUCCACCUAGCUCCCGCCCUUCAACGCAGUCUCCCUCACCGCGCCGAAGUCCGUCUUGUUUCAGUAACUGGGAAGCCUUUGAUGGGGAAGAGGCCACUGCAGCCACUCCCCUUAUUCCCUCAGCUGAAGCACAGUCUGGUUUGGAUGUCACUGGAAGACCCAUUAAUAGUAAAGGGAAAAGCAAUCCCAAUGUAAUAUUUGCAGCUGGAGUGAGUGCCCAGUUUGUUUGCCCAACUAACCCUAAUUUUGCAGCAUGCGCUCGAGAAGAUGGUAAAUUACUUAGUAAUUCAACAGCUUCGUUUUACUCUUCUUCAGCACCUGGCCGUGUAAGUAUAAUGCGUGUGUCACAGAGGGAAUCAAAUUUAUGUGUGGAAGAAAAAAGCUCAUCAGUUAUGUCUAAUUCAGAUAAGGAUAAGACUGCCAAGAUCACUAAGACCAAAGCAAGUCAUCCUUUAGGUGGUAGUCCUAGUAGUGAACAAAAGCUCCCACAGAACUCUGAAGCUGAUGACAUAUUUGCAUUCAUUGACACUAAGGAAGUUUCAUCUGAUGAUCUAUCCUCUAUCCCAGAGUGUAAGGAAGUUAGUGAGAAUAUUUCUGUUACAAUUGUCAGACCAAAACAAACAAGCUCAAAGAGGUUUGCAACAUUCCUCAUGUCAUCUCCAAGACAAAUUAGUAGAUCAUAUCAAAGUCUUGGCAGUGGGAAGUGUCACUUCGCACAUGAUGCCAAAACUAGUCAGUCAAUUGAGAAUAUGAGUGUGGAAAUAGGUCAGAUAGCAUUAGAGUUGGAAAGUGGGAGAGUUAGAUCUGAUCCCAGGCCUAUUGAAGGCAGUGCCAAGGCCACUGAUGAGGUAGGUAACUCUCUUACAAGUGUCAGUAGUGUUGAAUCAAAAACUAAUAAUCCAUUUUUAAAUGCUGAUUUAUCUGUGUCUGCAGCUGCUGAUGGCAAUUCUGUUUUUGAUAAUGUGCCCCUUUUCAAUAAGAGAAGGUUAGAUUCUUCCAAACCCGUAUCUGUCGUCGGCAGAAUGAAGGAGAGCAGUAUUUAUAGUAGCAGUUGUCCCUCUAGCACGUUUCCUGUCCAUGCAUCACCGUACACUAACCCAUUUGUACCUGUUUCUCAGCCUGGCACUAAUACUUUUCCAGGGACACCCGAAGCAAGAGGCAGUGGCACUUGGAGCAGGGCCAGUGGAGAUUGCCACAGGUUUAAUAGUUUUGAUGACAACAAUAGUAGUGCUGCUGAUGUGUUUGCGCAUGAUUUUGAACAGAAUUUGCCACUUGACCCAUUUCAUGACACUGACAAUAGCAUGACAGCUGCUAAUUACAUUAUUGCAGGCUCCACCUCCAGCAACAAAUCAACCCCCUCGGGCCCCCCUCCAACCUUUUCCAAUAGUCCUUUGACUCCUAUGGCUCCAGGCUCAUCCUCCCAUCCCACUUCCUCUGCCAACCACACCAAUCAAGCCUCCAACCAGCCUUUGCAAGAUCGGUACGCAGCGCUCAAGGACCUUGACGAAGAAUUUAAAACCCAGAAGGAAACAGAAACUGUGACCUCAAAUGGUGGUGGUAGCUGGACGAUACCAAAUGGAAGUCAUCACGGUUCAACCGGCGUUUUCAAUGGAAGUGUAUUUGGUUCUCCUGGUGCUUCCAGUAAUGUUUACUCUUCAGGACUAGUCAACGGUGGUAGUUCUGGCAAUGUUGGUGGUGGUGUGUUUGGUACUCCUCCAACUAAUGGUAGCAGUACGUGGGCUAAUUUCUCUGGUGCUAAUCCUUUCUCAGGUUCCAGUAAUGGAACAGGCAGUCCUUGGGCUAAUGGUAGUAACGCAUUUGGAAGUACAAACCAUACCCAACAGGGAUUUGGAUCUGUUGUCCAGCCUAAUCCCUUUGGAACAACUUUAUAUAGGAUGUGGGCACCUGAUCCAAACUUCAAUCAGUUUGGCAGUAACGCCCCCAUUAAUGGAACUUCUCCAAACAAUGGUGCUUGGGCCAACUUCAAUCAACAACCACAAACGAAGAUUCAGUGGAUGACAAGCAAUGGGUCUGCAAAUCCUUUUAUGGCUGCUACUCCACAGAUGCCUUCCAGUGGGUCAUCAUACAAUCCCUUCCUGUGAGAGGAAUUGAAAUAUUAUUAGAAAGGUAAAUAAGAUAAGCUUCCUAAACCAACACAGGGAUGCCAUCAGUGACAAGUGACCAAGUGCUAAUAUAUAAAGUUAAAGCGUUUUAUUUAGAAUAUUUUUUUUCACGUCAUCUACUUAAGAUAGUUGUUAUUGUGUUUAUGCAAGGAGUAAUGGGGUUGUUUGCUCUUGAAUUUCAGUUGAAAUGAAAUUAAUGUUUUUGUAGAUUAUAUAUAGAUAGUCAGGUAUACUGUGUGGGUUUAUAUUUGAAAAGGGAAGUAAAGUUCUUGCUUUCUUUUUUAAUAUUGUAGUCUUUUGUGAUAGGGAAUGCUAAUCAUUGUCAUGAUUGACUGUGUAUAUGAUUAAUCUGGCAUCAUAAUGAAUUUAUCAAAAAAGGCAAUGUGAAAAUUUUUAGUAAUAAUGAAGGAUGGUAGAGUACAUGAAGCCACUUGAACAAAUGAUUUUUACACUGAAAGACUUGAGAGAAUUCACGAAACAAAUGAGAAAUCACAGGCCGUUUCAGAUUGCCAAACUUGCAGCAGAGCAAAGAAACCUCAGUACUUUCAGCUGUCGACAUGUAAUGCAUCUACAGCUGAAAAAGUGAACAAUGUUGAAGUCUGGUAUCCAUGAUAGCUGAAUAUCAAACUGAUUCAGUCAGUCAUUGUGGUAGUUUGUAUUAUAAUCUAGAACCUGAUUAAUAUUUAUGUUAAAUACAGCCCCAGAUUUCCAAUAAAACAUAGAACGUAUAUGCACUUGCUAGACCUCAAUUCAGCUUGAAUUAUAAGACUGUUGAGCAUUAUACUUUUGAUACAAUAGCUGCCUGUAUACUUGGAUUUUGUCCUUUUUCUCCCCCACCCCUACGAGAGUAUAAUUUAGUGGCUCAAAAAAUGUAUAGAUGAACUGGAGUAUAUAUAAGGGCCAGUGACAGAUGUAAAACUUUUCAGUGGAUAAAUAGAAUCCGCUUGGGUGAAAAAAUGUUCAAGGACAAGUUUUUUUCUUGAGAAUUUCAUACGGUCCUGUGGAGUAGUAGUUGUGUAAAGUUCCUGUAAUAUUUUAAAAGCAUUUGGUACUGAGUAAUAAUUUUUUUUUAAUAUAUACUGCCUCCAUUGAAUCAGAUAAAUUAAAAAAGUCUAGUGUUCGCAUGGAAUAUUUUGUUAGAAAUUUUACACUGAAAUUUGCCUUUCCUGAUACUUUGCCUCAAGAGGAUGUUAAUCAUCCACUGAUUUGCUCAUCUCCAUGGCUUUUUGUCUUGAUUUGAGUGACAUGUAUGCUUUUUGAGUCAAAGAGCACAAAAUUACCCAUUCACUAAGCGCUCUGAAUAUUUUGUAUGAAAAUUUGAAUGCAUUUAGCUAACUUAAAUGCAUUCUUGAUUAUAAAGCUUCAGUUGCAGAAUGGAGUAUAGAACAUGAUAAAAGUUCAGCUGUAUAGCAUUUCUGAUUAAAUAAUACGUAUAGUCAUAUGUUUUGCCUUCACUUCAGCAUUCAGACCAUCUUUCAUUGUGAAUAAUAUCAUGUGUCUUCAUACAUAUUAUGCUUAGAAUUGAUUUUGAAAAUUAAGUACUGAGUAAAAGUUCAUUGCCAUUUCAAUAGAGGUUUUAUUUUUUUAAAUUUUGAGCUCAUUUUUGUGUUUAUGAAUAGAGAAUGUUGGCAUUUCUACAGCUGUAUAGUACUUUUUGUUUUAAAUAGUUGAACUGCAGAUUGAUUAACUUCAUAUAUACCAUAGUAUUUAUUUAAUGGGGAGGAAUUCUGCAUUGGUAUACAGUAUAUUAUAAUUAUAAGUUGGGCACAUAGAAACAAACGAAGAGAUGUGCUUAGUAUGAAUCGGAGUACGAUUUGAACAAUUUUCAGGAGUACUGUAUGUACUGUAGAAUUAAAUAGUGGGGCCUUUUUUUAAAUAGGUAGUAGAAAGCUAAAGCUAUUUCAAGAACAUUAGAAAUAUUUUUGGGUUAUUAAGAGGAUGUAUAUGUUAUUGCUAAUCAUAAUCAGCUUCUGCCUGAGUGUAUAUAUUGGCAGUCCCAGUACAAGUUGAUAGGUACAUGCACUUCAGUAGGACUGUAGCCUCAUUAGUUUGGUUCAUCAUGUCAUAUUUAUUUUCAUUCAGUGGUACUCUUUCUGCGGAAAUCAAACUUUCUACAUAGAGAUUUGCGCUGUAUUUUAGUUGUACGUAUGUUUUUCGCCUUUUACAUUUUGCUUGCAGUCACAGAUUACAUGCUAAGUUGUUUGGAAUUGGGAUUCUUCCUCCUCAGAGUAUUGUGUGUUCAUUCAAGUCAGUCUGAUGGAGUUCCCACUCUCCAGUUCUGUGUCUGUGGGAUACACAGGUCACCCAUGCCAGACGAUUCUCAGAUUUUCCUAGAGUCACGGGUAAAGGUGAGGGUGGCCAGAUUGUAUUGUCAGAGUUCCCUUUGGGCCUGAGGAUCUUAUGGUUAAAUCUUGUUCAAAAGUUUUAUAUAGUGAUGCUCACUGAAAUGUCAUUGAAAUUUACUUUUUUCUUUAUUAAUUCAGUAGCCAUUUUAUAUUUGUCAGUGGAACAUUUAUUCUUUUCAAAAACAACCUAUCACAACUUUAGAUUCAUAUAAAAGAUUUAGAUUCAGCAUUGGCACAGUACGGGUCCUGAAUGUUGAGGCAAGUGUUGUGUACAGUACUUUUCCACUGUAUUUUAUUCUUCAUUUUUAAACUCAGGCCUUUACCAUAUUCAUUUGGAAAAAUGAUGGAGACUCCGCAGGAUCUAGAAACACUAACGUGGAUUUCAGACCGAGAGUUUUUAUCAUUUGCUUGGUUUUGGCUGCAAUCUUGUUGAGAUAUCCAAUAAUUGUAACUGGCUUUAGGAAGGCUCAUGGCAAGUGUGAUCAUAGAUAUGAAGCAUAAAAAAUCAGUACAGUAGUUUGCGUGCCCUUAUAAUGUUUGAUAACUGAAUUUUAACUUUAAUGUCACUCAUAUUGGAAAUUAUGGAACUUAAGCUGGGAAUGAGUUGUCUUGCAAGUAUCUGAUAUCUUUACUAGUGAUGAAUGAACUCAAGAAACAUCAUAGAUUUAUUUUAUUCAAAAUUGGCUGUGUUCUCUCUUUAGAUGAACUCAGUGCCAUGUGAUAUUUAUGCUAGCCAGGAGAGCCCUUUUAAUGUAUAACAAACAUAUUUCUACUUCAAAAUCAUCGGAAAUUGUCCUUCACUAGAAUGUGUAUAAGAGUGAAAUGUAUGGAAAUCCCGUAUAAUAUUCAAGAUAAUGGGCCAGAUGUUGAAUCAGCGUGUGCUGUGCUGUGAUUGAUUUAGAACCAGUGCUUGUAUGCUCAUUCAAAACCUUGGCACAUAUGAUGCAAUAGUAAAUAUGUCAUAGUAGAAAUAAACAUUCAUUCAUAAGGGUGUUUUUCUUUUUGUUGUUUGGGGAAUUAUUCCAAGUCAUCAAAUUUUGGCUUAUAACUAAUAGGAAGGUGUGAUAAUUUUAUUAUAGUUUUGUUUCUAUUGCAUCCCAUUUGCCAAAGUUUUUGUAAACAAAUUAUCUUUUAUAUCAAGAUAGUACUAUACUCCACAAGACUUCCCUUAUACAGUGUAACAUUUAGCAGUGCGUAGCAAAGCAGUUCCAGUGAAUAUUUUACUUAGCUUUGAAAUAUUUCUUCAGAAUAACUUACAACAGUAUUUUUUUAUAUUGCCAUACUUGUAAGUACAUUGGGAAAGAUAUUUAGCUCUUAUGUGAACACGUCAUACAUCCGUAGUGCACGAUCUUUCUCAUACUAUAAUGGAAAAGGCCUGGGUAAAGUAAACGGUUGUGGUCUGAAGAGUGUUUGGAGUUGGUGUAGUUUAUUCUUCUUAACAGUUUUUUUUUCUUUGGCUUUCAAUUUUGCAUUUGCAGGAAACCUUUUAGGUGAUCAUAGUGUCCUUUCCUUAUAAGGGUAUUACAGAAAACUUCAUGCUAUUUUAUGUCUUGCCUUUUUACUCUCCUUGUGAUAUCAUCUUUGUUCUAAGGUUUGGAACAAGACUACUCUUUUUAUGUGACUAAUUUUACGCUUGAAUAGAGUUGCUGCUGUGUUUGUUGGAGCUCUUGAGUUUUUGAGAUCAAAUUUUAUAUGCAUAUUGUGUUCAUAACUCAGUAGGUUCAAGUGGCAGUCAUUACAGAAAUUAUGUACUGUUUCUGUUGCUAUAUCUUCUUGUUGGUUUUCAUAAUUUCAGGUGUUGUUGCCUAUAGCUUUUGUAAACUGGACUUGACCUGACUUAAUGUGUAUUGGAGUACACUGGAGUUCAGUUUUUCAACUGAGAGUGCAGCAGUUUUGCCUAAUGAUCGUUAUUUCUGGAAAUUGUAUUUCUGCUUUAUUUUCAUACGGUCUUCAUUAACUCUGAAUUUUAGUGAAUUUUUAAGAUCUGUUGGGUUUGUCUAUUUUAUAUUUAUGAAAAAAUGGUAUUAGCUUUAAAGUCCAAACUUCUUGCUAGUUGUGUUUUUGAGUUGCCUUUUAAGUCAAAUCAUUGUACCUAUGAUAGUGAAAAUGGACGAGACUAAUCGUUUUGUAGAUUGGAAAUGUUUUGCCAAGUGUUUAGUUUUUUUAGCUGGAUUCUUGAUGUUUGUUAUUGCUGUCUUCUAUAGAUUUAUCUUGAAGCAGAACCAGUCUUCUGUUUUAUUUUUCCGUCCCUGGUGAAAUAAGAGCAACAAGUGUAGAGAAGUUUUGGAUUAGAUUUCUUAGAUAUCAAAGAAGGAAGGUCAUACAAAAGAGAGAAACUCCAAAACUUUUUACACUUCUUUCUUGUACAAUGUCUUCACUGUGUCUACUUUAUAAUACUGAUAUUUUGAAUAGAGGAGAACUGUGUAAGGAUGUUCGUUAACUUCUUGUACUAUUGAUCUCCUAUCAUAUAUAUUUUUAUUUAUGAAUAGAUUUAGGAGCUGGACAGUUAAAAAGACUUCUACUAUAGUUACUAGAUCUGCUGUAGGAACGAUAUUAAGGAUCGUCAGAGGGUCAUGUGAUUUUCUUCUGGGAUUUGCCAGAGUUAUUUUUAAAAAGAUUGCUUAUUUUGAUCACUAUUUAAAACACAAGCCAUAUUGUAGUUUUUCCUUAGGGUGAAACCAGUUUGUAGUUUGAAUUCGCUUAGCUCGUGCACCCUGCCUACUCUCUUACGCUCAAAUACUCCCAGCUAAUAAGAAAUGUUGAGAAACCUUGACUUGUAGAUGUUAUAGUAUACAACUAUGCUCGGAUCAUUUUCUUUAUUGAGAUUACAGAUUAUUUGCCCAAUUUGAGUGAUCCAAAGCUCAUAGACAAUAGUUUCAUUUUACAUAGACCUACUUUAUCAUUAAUGAGCUCAUUCAUAGAGGAAUUCGUGGCCAUCAACAUGAAAUUUAUUAUGUACAGAAUUCAUUUGAGAGUUAAAAUAUUAUUGCUGUUACCUGAUGUUUAGUAUAGUUGAAGAAUUUAUUGAUAAACAUGUUACUUGUGAAAUUAUUGCAUACUGAAUUCAAGUAACCAGGUAAUACUGUAUGUGUAUGAGUCCCAACUUUGGUGUUGGUAACAUAUUUUGCUGAAGAAAUGUAAAAUGAAAUUCCGGUGAGGAAUACCAUCAUUUUUGGGGUGCUAAAAAACAUUCAUCCACAUAAGAGUGAUUUACUGUUUGAAAGAGUUAUUAUUUUGUGAAGAAGCAAAUGUUGAAUUGCACUUAAGCUUAGCACGGUAUAUAAGUAACCUAAUCAGUUCUUUGAAACGGUAGUAAAUAGUAGUGAUUGAAACCAUUUCAUUGAAAAUGAAAAGUGUAAAAAGUUGCCAAAAAAUGCGUUAGGAAAAGUACUAGUUAUUGUUUUCCAUUUUAUUCAGCACUUCUGUAAUAUUAGCAUGGUAAAUAAACUUUAUAGACCUUUGAUUCUGUAUUUCCCUGUUCCAGUUAUGCGGGAAGGAUUGAGUGAGUUACAACUUUCUUUGGUGGAAAGAGAAUGUGGUUUUUGUAUUUCUGCAAUAGCGGUCAGUUUGUUCAAUAAAUGUGUAACAGAUGAGAAGACAAGAGAAAAAAGAAUUUUCAGAUUAACAUCAUGACAGGAAUGUCAGUGAGAGGGUUCUUUUUUUACAGUAUUUCUGUGAACACUCCCUCUGUCUUCUUUUCAGUUCUUAUGUUUUUUUAUCUAUUAUAUUGUUUGUAUUUUGUUUUUAUUAUUUUUCUUGAGGGAAGGUAGUCGGCUCCACAAAGGGUGCAGUGACCUUAAUCUUUGAAGACUUAAUAAGCACAAGUUUUGUCCAUAACCACAGAGUGCUUAUUUUCCCUGUUUCAGUUAAACAUCAUGUUACACACUUUGGGAGGGUAAUGCUCAUGUCAGUUAGUGUUUGUGGAUAUGUAAGUAAUGAAAGUUACUUGAAUGAAUGUUCUGUUCCUAUCAUUAUUGAAUUUAUGCAAACCGAAUCUGAAGCAAAGUCAGGAGACAUUUUUUGUAGAGUAUAAAUCAGUUAAUAUCAUAGGUACUAUAUUCUCUUCUGUGGAAGAAAUACUAAUAGUAGCUUUUAGGUAUACUUCCAUUUGUAGGAAAUUCUAAUAAUUUUUUUAAACUACUAUAUUCAGUAUAUGGAAGGUAAAUUUUCAAUACAUUUCCUUUAAAUUCAAGAAGUUCUUAAGAUUUUUGAGUGAAUGAAUUUCAACAACUUUAGUGGUACCUUUAUAUGAAGUACACGUAAAAAAGUGUAAUAUCUUAUUUGUAAUUUUUGUUCUUACCAUAGAUUUUGCAUUGUACCUUAUUGUACACUAACUUGACUAUGUUGUAUAAUUCCAGUGCCCAUUUUCAAGACCAUUAUGAAGUGUUUUAAUACUUUUAUACAACAAUUAAGGAAAAUGAUUGCCCGGCAAAUCACAUUAACUGCAGUUGUUCAUAGCGGCAGUGUGUGUGAGUAGUGCUUCCAGGUAAUCUUUUUGUUUUGAAAGGAAAAUGUGUAUGUGUAUUGUAUUCUUUCUAUUUCAUCAGAGUGAAAUAUUUAAUACUUUUGUACUUUGAUAUUUAAAAAGUGAGAUGAUAAUACCUGAUGUGUGGUAUUUCGAAUGAAUCAAUAACACAGGUGAAAAUUUUAAAAAAACUGGUAUUUACAAAUGCCAAUGUUUGUGGUAUCUUUCAGCAGAUGUAAUAUAUUGGUUUUAUGAACUUCUCAGUCUCACUAAGAUGUACCGUACACCAUUUUGAGAAAGAGAAUUGAUUCACAUUCAUGCAUUUGAAAAGUCACUCGUUCAUAUUCAUUUUUACUUUCAAAGGAAGUGCCGUUGAUUCUUGUGAAAACAUUAUGAAGUAAAAGAUUGAAAUGGCAACAUAAGAAUUAUCGAAGCCUUUUUCAUUUUUAUCUCCCUUGAUUCGGAACGAACGUUGAGGCUCUCUUUCCCUCUGUUAUCUACUGUUAAUAUUUUACUUUUAGAAGGUACAUAACAUAAGAUAUAUUCGUACGCAGUUAAUUUAAAGGCAUUAUUAUUAUUCAUUCAUUUAAUUUCACCUCAUAAAAUCAUCAUUUGAGUACAGUAUAUUGUAUUGUAUUUUGCUUUCUAUAUUGUGGUGAAGAAGCCAUUGAUAAUAUACGUCCUCUAGAUAAAAA